AUGAAAGAGGAUGAAAGUAUUCAUGACUUUCACAUGAAUGUCCUGGAGAUAGAGAAUGCGUCUAGUGCAUUGGGAGAAAAGAUUCCUGAAGAAAAGCUGGUAAGAAAGAUGCUCAGGUUUCUUCUCAAAAGAUUUGACAUGAAGGUGACUGCCAUCGAAGAAGCUCAAGAUAUUAACCGGAUGAGACUGAAUGAUCUUGUCGGAUCUCUUCUAACUUUUGAGUUAAGCAUCAAUGAUAGAGCUGAAAAGAAGAACAAAAGCAUAGCUUUUGUUGCCAACUCCGAAGAUGGAAUGAAGGAAUGUGAUCUAGUAUAUGAUGAUCUAGUUGCAUCAUACAGAGAGAUGUGUCUCACAAGUGCCGAAUAUUAUGAAGAAAGGGAGAAACAAAAAGAUCUGAAACAUGAGCAAGGCUCAGCUGUGUCAUGGUCAGGGGAAAGGUUCAGACAAGAAAAUGACACAACUAAAACAUGGGGAUCUGAUGUAGAACUUGAUGAGUCUGAUGCUGAGUCAUACGUAGGGGAACUUACUGUAUGCGAACUUGCAGCAGGAUUCUCAGAAACUUGCUUGGAAAAUGAAAAACUUCGGAAGAAAGGUAAACAUUCUAAGACAAAUUCAGAGUCAAAGAAAGUUUCCAUUCCUAGGACAAAUGUGAAAACUGCGUCUCAAGACACAAGCCAUGUUGUUCAUGGAAGAAAAUCCAAGUUAAUGAAGGCUGAAGGCUCAAAAGGAGGGAAUAAUGCAGGUGUCAUGAGUAUUAACCUCUCCAAGGUCAAAAUGAUGAGUUCUGACAAAAGGAAGUCUGUGGACUCGAGAGUUAUAUUUCGAAAGGAAGAAAAAUUUGAUCUAACCAAAUUCAAGGAGAUAAUGGACUCUACUGAUGUGAUCAUCAAUGACCUUAUUAAAAAAGAGACCACUGUUAAGACAACUGGAUCAACAACUGAAAUAAGCUUUGCUGAAGAUGCUUCAACAUCUGAUACCAACAUUGAAGAAUCUAGAGCAAAUGCUGAAGCUGAAGACACUCAGAUUGUUGUCAAAGACCUAGUCGUCAGAAUGCAAGAAGAUCACCCUCAAGAACAAAGGUUCGAUAUUCCUAGCCUAAAAGCUACUUCCUAA